AUGUCGAUCCUGGAAGCCGUAGCGUGCGGUUCCGUGGACGAUGUUGAUUCAGCGCUCAAGACAGGUGAGUGCAUAGACGUAUUGAACGAAUUAGGAGAGGCUGCGCUCAUGAUUGCGACACGGGCGCGAGACGUCACAAUGGUUCGACACCUUUUGGAGCGCGGAGCAAAUUGCCGACUUAGGAAUGCAAACGGCGAUACGUCACUUCAUGUAGCGUGCUUCACGGGUCAAUUAAAAGUGGUCGAAGCGUUGCUCUCCCACGGCGCUCUUCUGGAAGGUUUGGGCGAACAGUCCAACCGACCGAUUCAUCUCGCCUGCGCGGGAGGAUUUGAGGACGUCGUGGCGUGCCUGCUCCUUCGCGGGUGCGUUGUGAACGCGCAGAACGCGAAUGGUGCGCUCCCGAGUACGCUCUGUGCGAAGUUUGAACGCGUGAGAGCGAUCGUCAGCGACAUCGAGAGACUUGGUGAAGUGUCGCGCGACGCGCUUCGACGAGAAGUCGCCGCUCGAGGCGCGACAGUGGCCAUUGAGAGGCGGAAUAUUGCGCGGGAGGAGGAUGAGCGGAGGGUUCGCGAAGCGCAAGAGCAGGACGCACAACGAGCCGAGACAACGCGAGCGCGUGACGCAGAGCUGCGAAGAAUUGUUGCCGAGAAAGACGCAGCGCUUGCGGAGAUCGCCGCGUUGCGCGAAAAGGAAGAGGAAAGGCUCAAGGUAGAGGAGGCGAAAAAGGCGAAGAGAGCCAAACUCGCUGCAAAGAAAGCGAAAGUUGGCGUGGGGAAGAGAACGUAG